UAUUUAUGGUAGCAAUCACUAGAAGCGCUUCCUGUGUGCUACUAGUAACUCAGGGCAAUAAGGUUUAAAAGAAAAUUAGGAAUUCUGGUGUGGAGUUUGCUAUGAGUUUGUUUCUGCCGAAGUUGCACUGCAAGAAGGAAGUGGAUGAAGUAAUAAAGAAAGUGGCUGAGAAAGUAUUGGUGCUGCGAUUCGGGAGGGAUGAAGAUUCUGUGUGCUUGCAGCUUGAUGAGAUUUUUUCUAAAGUUGCACAUGACGUGAGUAAGAUGGCCGUAAUCUACCUGGUGGAUGUCGACAGUGUGCCUGUGUAUGCUCGCUAUUUUGACAUAAGCUAUAUACCCUCAACUGUGUUUUUCUUCAAUGGACAGCACAUGAAAGUGGAUUAUGGGUCUCCAGAUCACACAAAGUUUGUAGGAUGUUUUAAAACCAAACAGGACUUUAUUGAUCUUAUAGAAGUAAUUUAUCGUGGAGCAAUGCGAGGAAAGUUGAUUGUAAGAAGUCCAAUAGACCCUAGGAAUAUUCCAAAGUACGAUUUACUCUAUCAAGGAAUAUGAAGACUGGAAUAUAAAGAGGAUAUUUAAAACUGCACUAAAGUGAGGAAAGCUUCUGGCUGUACAUUACAUUUACAGAACCAAUGUAUUUUUCAAGUGUUAAACAGUGUUGGCUAUAUAAACUACUGUAAAUAAUAAUAGAGUGAAAAGUUUUUCUGUUUUUGGAACAAUGGAAUAUUAACUUAAAGGCAAUGGGGCAACAUUUUCAUGUAAAAAUAGAGGUCAAUCUUUUAAUGAUAGUAUGCAUUCAAGUGUAACUUAAUUCCGAUAUAUUAAUGUUUACAAUAAAUCAUAAUAAGCUUGAACAAUAACAUUAAAAGAGUGGAUCCUUUCCAAUGACUGCAAUUUAUUGUACAUAUGUAAUGUAGGAAAGUAUUUGUAGUAUAAUUUAUAAAAUACAAUAUUAGUAAGUUUUUUUUUCUCAUGGAAAUAAACGCUUCUCAUCUGGA